AUGGCCUCUUCAUCUUCUCGCCUUUUUGCUCUCUUCCUUUUAACCGCCAUGAUGACACAGGUAAUGAGCCGACCAUCGUCAAGGAGACCAGACUCUCAGAUUCUACAGGAUCUGUUUGGAUCAGAGAUCACUUCCCUCUUAUUGUCCCAGCUGGAGGUCACAGAAGGCUCAGCUCAAAGCCCCGCCCCCUCCGAAAGUGAUGGGCGUGGUCUAUCAGGACGUGUUGUGAUGGAAGAACCUCUCCGCCAUGUGCCCCGCCCCUUCCUGGACUUCCUGACAAGGCAGAGGAAGUUACGGGUGUGGAACAGGAAGGGCUCGGCACGCGGCUGCUUUGGGAUUAAAGUGGACCGCAUUGGAGCGCUCAGCGGACUGGGCUGCUGA